AUGACAGAACAAGUGAGCACUGACACCACCACUACCAUUACCACAGUUUACAUUUCGAACCUGCCUUUCACGGCCAGUGAGCGUGACCUACACACCUUCCUGAACAAUUAUGGCGCCAGCUCAGUCUUGAUUCCAACACAGACAGUUCGCAGGUUCAGCAAAAGGCACAGUAAUAACCCUCGCAAACCGCUAGGUAUAGCGUUUGCCCAGUUUGCAAACAACACUUUGGCUCUGAAGGCCAUUAAAGACCUGAACGGAACCGUUUUCCAAAAUCAGAAACUAUUCUUAAAAUUGCACGUCCCCUACGAGGCAACUUCUACUCCAGAUGCAGACGCUAAAAAUCCCAAGGAAAAAAAGAAGGAUAAGAAAACACCAGAAACUGCUGCGGACACGGUAUACUGUCACGAUUUGCCAGAUGAUAUCACCGACAGUGAGAUCCGUGAGUUGUUUCAGCUUUACUCGCCACAAGAGAUCUGGAUUUAUAGGUCCAAAGUGUAUAGGAGGAAGUGUAUUCCCUUUGCUCCACACCAGAUUACUGCCGCUUUGGUUACUUUACAAUCUGAAACCCCCAUUGGGGACAUUUGUGACAAUGUGGUUAAGACAGCUACUUUGAGGGGCAAACCGAUAAUUGUAAAGCCCGCCUACGUCUCCAAGAUUCAAGAAAUUAAACAACUGGUCAAGGAUAACCUAACAAAUGCGCGCGAUCCUCCUCCAGCAGCAUUAGCAGCGCCAGUAGAGCCAGCAGAGCCAGCACAAGAAGUGCAAGACAAUGCAGAAACCAACAAUGUCCCACCUCCACCAGCUUCUUCUUCUGAUCGUCCAACUGUGGCCGCUGCUUAG